UCGUUUCGUCUGCCAGCGGUUCGCCAUAUUGGACAAGAGACUUUCUGUGCAGUUGUUGGUACCUACGUGACUGUAACUAAAUCGACAUGUUCCGAUCAGCUUUGUCCCGCAGUGCUUCUUACGCCCGCAAUUUGGCAGUCCCCAACAACUGCAAAUGCAUCGCCGGUGUACGUUUCAUGUCCAAGCACUCCACCGAGUCGGAUGUUGAAUUCGACGCCCGUUACGAAUCCUUCUUCAACAGGAAGGAUAUUGACGGAUGGGAGUGCAGAAAGGCCAUGAACGACUUGAGUGGUAUGGAUCUUGUCCCUGAGCCCAGGAUUGUCAUUGCUGCCUUGAAUGCCUGCCGUAGGCUCAACGACAUUGCUCUUGCCAUCAGAUUCUUGGAGACAGUCAAAGACAAGUGUGGAGGCAAAGCCGAAAUUUACCCAUACAUCCUUCAGGAAAUUCGCCCAACGUUGAACCAGUUGGGUCUUAGCACCCCAGAAGAGUUGGGCUACGACAAACCUGAAUUGGCAUUGAAAUCAGUGUAUGACUUGUAAGCUAUCCAAGGCCAUCAUUUUUGUGAAAGCUCCAUAUAAAGUUGGUUUAGUCCAGCAUUUAGUGAAAAUGUAUGAAAAGAGAAACUGGUGUCUUAAGAUGUACAGAGUGAAAUAAACUUAAGCUAACUCUGAAA